GCUCUCUCCAUGGCGGCAGCGGGCGGGGCCGGGGCUCUGGCGGACCUGGAGGCCCGAGAGGCCGCGGGACGGGCGGGGACGACAUUAUGUGAGCUGCUGUGUUAGUCCUCUGGAUCCUCAUGGUAUGUCUGAAGGACAGAUCUCUGCAUGUUCUGAAUGUACCAGGUUGUCCUCAUGAAUACUCCCGUGGAGGAUGUCCCUGAUCUUCUUUGCCUGUGUGGUGAGGGUGAGGGAUGGGCUUCCCCUGUCGGCCUCCACGGAUUUCCAUUUCAACCAGGACUUCCUGGAAUGCAGGAGGAGAUUAAAGGCUUUAUCCUCAGGCCUGGCACGGUACCCAAGUCGAGGCACAGCGAAGGGACGGAACCUGAGCAUCCACUUCCUCUCCUCUGGGGAUGUUGCCUGCCUGGCAAUCUGUUCCAGCAGCUACUCCACCAUCAUGGCCUUCUGCUUCCUGGAGGAGCUUCGCUGGGAAUUCACUGCUUCCUACGACACAACCAGCAUCAAUUUGGCUUCCAGGCCCUACGCCUUCAUUGAGUUUGAUAACACCAUUCAGAAGGUGAAAUUCCAGUUCAACAGCACCCGUGGCUCUCGAGCCAAGGCCAACUGGGAGAAGGUGGAGGAGGAGCUGAAAUUCCAGCCCCCAGUUCAGCUGGAACUGGAGGACACGGAGCUGCUGAACGGGGUGGCCAAUGGUGGGCCCUCAGGAGUCCAUGUGGAGGUUGUCCCUUCUUACAGAAUGCAGCCUGUGACCCCCCUGGGGAUCCUGUCACUGGUCCUGAACAUCAUGUGUGGGGCUCUGAACCUCAUCCGAGGAGUCCACCUGGCAGAGUAUUCAUUUCAGGAGGACCACGAAGGAAUUGGGAAUGUGAUAGCUUUUUUUGUACCUUUUCUAGCCUGUGUUUUUCAGUGUUACCUGUACCUCUUCUACAGCUCUGGCAGGAAGGUGAAGACAUUCGUGCUCCUCUUCUGCGUCUGUUUGUGCAACAUCCACCUGUAUGGGCUGAGGAACCUCUGGCAAAUCGCCUUCCACAUGGGAGUGGCAUCCCUUUCCUCCCACCAGAUCCUGGCGAGGCAGCUCCUGGAGAAGCAGCCUGACUGUGGUGUGUGAGAACACACUUGGGCUUUGCUGCUCGAGUUUUACAACUGGUCGUUUUUUUCUUCGUUGUAUUCACCUGGCCAAAACCAGCUGGGGGGGGGAUUUUUAGGGAUUUGUGGCAAUGGCUGUUGCAAGGAGGGUGGUUCCCAGCCACCUGGAAUAAAGUAGGAUGCUGGAAUCACGUCCAGCACCCAGGGAGUGAGGAGUGUCGCUGUGUGUAACAUCUUGUCAGGUGGCAUCGACAGAGGGAGCUUCUUAACCAUCAGCAGGCUUUUACACCUUGACUUACACCACCCACACAGCGUUCUGCCAUUUGUCUUGCUGGCUUUGGGACAGUUUGGCAGGUCAGUGUCUUGCCCUGCUCCUCAAAAGGUGUAGUAAAAUGAAGAUAAAAGUGAUGGGGAAUGGUUUUUUUUUGUCUCUGGAAUUUGGGGAGGGUUAAGAUUCUUGGUAAAUGUAAGUCAAGGGGUCGUUGGCUGCAAUUAGGUGAGUUCACAAUCAGUGGGGAGAAAUGGUUAGGGGGAGUUUCAGGGUGAUUUGUCUGGGUUUUGAAGGGCAGGAACAGGCUGUGGCUCUUCUAAAAACCAUAAAGGCUAUAAAUAUCUCCUGGCUAAACUGCACAUUGUAGUUAAGUGUGUGCUCAGUGGUUAAUUGCAACAGUGCUUGGGCAGCAUAAAAUAAACCAAGUGAGUGAUCUCUCAGCUCAGGUGGCCUUAUUUUCCUUGGUUAAGGUCACUUUUAGUGCAAGGGCAAGUCCAUGUUUGCUUGGUCUGUAUGGAUAAUAAAUCUUCCCAGCCUGCUUGUGCCAGGCCAUUGACUCCUUCACCUUUUUAAAAGAAACAAUGGGUGGCUGGUGAGCAAAAACCCAUUUCCAGGAGCGGAAAGCCAAAGAGCAGGUUCUCUUCGUUCUGUAAAACACCUUCAGUCAGUGGAGUCCUUACACUCAGCUGAGUUUCUGAGUGUGCAUUUUGGAAUACAGGACUGCAGAGCUGGGAUUCUUCUGGAUGUGCUGGUGUGCCACGUGCCAGCUGGGCAUUUUAGAGCACAGAUGAAUUAAUUUAGGGCUGUCUGUUAAAAGAAAAAAAUGCACAGCAUUUCGAUGCAGCAGGGCUGUAGGCAUUCAAAUGGAGAUGUAGAGGGCUGUAGGUGUGUCAGUGUGGAAUUGUGGUCCUAAAAUUUCCCUUUUGUUUUUGUUCUUGAGAAGUUUUUUUUCUCUCUGGUUUCCCCCUCCCCCUUUUGUUCACCAAAGAUUUAUUUUCCUCUCACGUGAUCUCUACCUCUGGUUGCAAAGAGAUUAAUUGACGUGCAGUUGAGUUGUGUUUCUUUGCAGAAACACUUAAAACAAUUUACUUCCUUGUAUCUCAGUGAAUUUUCCCGAAAUCUCAGGACUCAAACACGAGUAUAAGCGGAGGAUCAGACCAGAAAUUUGUGGUGCUGUACUUUGGAAGCACUUCUGGAUGCAGCUGAUUGCCCAUUACAGCCUGACCAGUUUCUAGGACAUCAAGGGACUUUAAUCCCAGAGCUUUUCCCAGCAGGAAAAUGCAGAUAUUUCUUUUUCAUUGCACUUACUGUGGCACUCUAACAUCAUAAAAAGCCUCUAAAUGUGAGGGAUGGCGUGGUAGGAAUUGAGGGAGGGAUAUUUUAGCCAGCCAGUAAGCUGUGUGCCAUGAGGGAAUGGAUUAAAGUUGGGAUAAGGGAAUGGAUUAAAGUUGUUUGUCUGUCAUUAUCCCAGUUCUCUUCGAGUGGAAAAGUGAAGCCAGAACUCAACCACUGUCCUGAAGGAACCCGGGUGACCCCACAGAUGUGAGGGGUUACAAUUUAUAUCCUGUUACAAUUUUUCGUGCUGGUCAGCCCCAGUUUUCCUCCUUGGGAAGGUUCUUUUGGAGACUUCACGGGAAUUAAGCCACGAGCUUGGAUCACAAGUUGUUUGGGUUUUUUUUAAAAAAAAACAAACCAAAAUCUGAAAAAAAUAACACCCCCAAAAAAUCUGAUACUGGAAAUGUUACACUUUAAGAGUGCUGGAUCUGAUUGUAUUUUCUAGGAGCAGGAACUGGGUGUCAACCCCCACUGGGUUAUCGUGGGGAAUCAUCCCGUGGGGAAAGGAUGGAGGAUUUUAUACCUCAGACGGACAAAACUUCAGGAAAAGGACUUUAGUGAUAUCACCCAACUCCCUGCUCCUGCCUUUUUAGCCAAAAUCUGGCUAAAUAAUCCCAAAGAGCUUUCCUCUUCCUUGUCUUAAAGCCAGGCUGCUCCAGCUUCAGGCACAGGGAGCAUUUACAGCCUGGGCAUUUACAUUCCUCACUGACUGGAAGGAGCUGUAACAUUCCUGAUGCUUCCCAAGCAUUCCAGCUGUUUGCUGUGUCCUAGAGCAGAUCCCUGGGCCAGGUGAUGUCACCCACAGCUCUGCAGCAGUGCUACAGCAAAGGUGUCUGGAUGAUUCGUGAGAUUAACGUGAAGUGGAUACAUUUAAAUUCAGCUUUAAUUUAAUUCUUUUUUUUUUCCUUAAAAAUGUCUCAGUAAAAUCAAAGCAAACCAAACCCGUUGGUUCAGUUCUGCCUUUGCCUAGGCUGAUAUUUCUUUGCUUUGUGGGUUGAUUGGAGGAUUUGUCUGGAUCUUUAGACCUUUCCCACCUAGUGACCAAAGCUCUGCUUUGCUGUUAAUCCCUUUGCAACCUUUUUUUUUUUUUCCCCCUCCCCCUGUAAUGUGUGUAAUUCCUUAUUAAGGAAUUAAGGAUUAAUCUGGGUGCACUAACACUGUGCACUCUGGAGGUUUGGGAUGGGAUUCCAGGAGGAGGAGGCAAUUUAAUGUUUUUAAUGGUGGUGUUCCUAGAGUGGCUCCCCCAUCCACGGGGUAUUUACACAGUUAAACAUCUGCUGGAACAGCAAGAGGAAUGGAACAGUUUACAAGGAUCUCAGUGCUUUUUAAGGUGUAAUAAAAAAGAAUGACUUGCAGGGUGAGUACAUGAGGUCUGACUCACGACGUGGGAUUGUUCCUGAGUGGAAUCAAAUCCCCAGGGAGGAAUCCAUCCCUUUUUGUUCCACUUUCAACUGUUUAAUGUGGUUUGAAUUGCAGCUUCUUAACUCUGUCAGUGUGCAAGAUAAGUCUGUUGGAGACUCUUUUCCUCACCCAGCAGCUCAGCACAAGAAAAUUGGCAAAGAAUAAACUCCAAUAACUUCCAGAUUUUCAAUUCUUAGUCACUUUAUGAAGCUGAUAAUUUUCCAUGUUUUUUUUCCCCCCAUUUCUCCCAAAAACCUGUUGAGUUUGUAGAAGGUGGGCUGGUACCUUUUUAGACAUUUUUGCACUGUAUUAAUAAUUGAACCUGUGUAAAUGUGUAUAAAAUCAUUUUGCAUGUAUAUAUGUACAUAUAUCUAAUAAAUGGCUUUUUUUUUUUUUUUUUUUUCUAA